UCGGUGGCAAAGCGAAAAGACUGCCCCCUAAAGAAACGGGUCUUUCUGUCGGUCAAAACCGCCCCUUGUUUUCCUUCUUCCGUUCUUUUCUCUCAAGUUAACAGACUCAAUACCACACCAUUAAAACCGACAUUCCCAACAUUCUCUCGUUCCCCAAUAAAUACCAUGUCCAUCUUACGCACAAAUUCAUUCAUCUUCUUCUUUAUCAUCAUCCCCAAUCAAAACCUGAUUAUUAAUGGAUUUCAAAGUUGGUUCUCUUGAUACACCCAAACCCGCUAAUGGAGACGUGGGUUCUUUAGCUGCAAACCAUGUCUCAACCCUCAAGACUUCGACAUCAUCAACACAGUUAUGCUCAGCUGAAGCAACAUUAGGGAGGCAUUUAGCGAGGCGUUUAGUACAAGUUGGUGUGAGCGAUGUGUUUGCGGUGCCUGGUGAUUUUAAUCUCACAUUGCUUGAUGAUCUUAUUGCUGAACCUGGGUUGAAAUUAGUUGGUUGUUGUAAUGAGCUUAAUGCUGGUUACGCUGCUGAUGGUUAUGCGAGGUCUCGUGGUGUUGGUGCUUGUGCUGUUACUUUCACUGUUGGUGGUUUGAGUAUUUUGAAUGCUAUUGCUGGUGCUUAUAGUGAGAAUUUGCCCAUCAUCUGUAUUGUUGGUGGACCUAAUUCUAAUGAUUAUGGGACGAAUCGCAUCUUGCAUCAUACGAUUGGUUUGCCUGAUUUUAGUCAAGAGCUUCGUUGUUUCCAGACCGUCACUUGUUAUCAGGCGAUUGUUAAUAACUUGGAAGAUGCACAUGAGCAAAUCGAUACUGCGAUUUCGACAGCUUUGAAGGAAAGCAAGCCUGUUUAUGUCAGUGUCAGUUGCAAUUUGUCUGCGAUACCACACCCUACGUUUAGCCGAGAGCCUGUUCCAUUCUGCUUAGCACCAAAGUUGAGUAAUAGUUUGGGUUUGGAAGCAGCAGUGGAUGCUGCGGCGGAGUUCUUGAAUAAGGCAGUAAAGCCGGUGAUGGUGGCAGGGCCAAAACUUAGGGUUGCCAAGGCUUGCGAUGCGUUUCUUGAACUGGCCGAUGCUUGUGGUUAUCCAGUUGCAGUUAUGCCAUCAGCCAAAGGACUAAUGAAGGAGACUCAUCCACAUUUCAUUGGAACUUAUUGGGGUGCAGUAAGCACGGCUUUCUGUGCUGAGAUUGUCGAAUCAGCUGAUGCUUACAUAUUUGCAGGACCAAUCUUCAAUGACUACAGCUCUGUGGGGUACUCGCUACUUCUCAAGAAGGAGAAGGCGAUCAUCGUCCAGCCUGAUCGGGUUGUCAUUGCUAAUGGACCUGCAUUUGGAUGUGUUUUGAUGAAGGAAUUCUUACCAGCAUUGGCUAAGAAACUUAGUCGAAACACAACUGCUUAUGAGAAUUACCACAGGAUUUAUGUCCCCGGAGGGCUUCCUCCUCAGUGUGACCCAAAAGAGCCAUUGAGAGUUAACAUAUUGUUCAAACACAUUCAAAAGAUGCUAUCAGGUGACAGUGCUGUGAUUGCUGAAACGGGUGAUUCCUGGUUUAACUGCCAGAAAUUGAAAUUACCCGAAGGGUGCGGGUAUGAAUUCCAAAUGCAGUAUGGGUCUAUUGGUUGGUCGGUUGGUGCAACACUUGGGUAUGCUCAGGCUGCAAAGGAUAAGCGAGUGAUUGCUUGUAUUGGUGAUGGAAGUUUCCAGGUAACUGCACAAGAUAUUUCAACAAUGUUGAGGUGUGAGCAGAACACCAUCAUCUUCCUGAUAAAUAAUGGUGGGUACACCAUCGAAGUUGAGAUCCAUGAUGGACCUUACAAUGUGAUUAAGAACUGGAACUACACUGCCUUCGUUGACGCUAUUCAUAACGGUGAUGGCAAAUGCUGGACCACCAAGGUUCAAUGUGAAGAAGAGCUGGUGGAAGCGAUUGAGACUGCGACUGAAGUUAAGAAGGAUUGCUUGUGUUUCAUUGAGAUUGUAGUUCACAAGGAUGACACAAGCAAAGAGUUGCUGGAAUGGGGUUCAAGGGUUUCUUCUGCAAACAGUCGUCCACCAAAUCCUCAGUAAACACGUUCCGAGCCUACAGCUGAUGCCAUUAAGAAGUCAAAUUAUAUAAACAAUCAAGUCUAGAAAAAUAAGUUCCAUUACCGUAUUAUGUCUAAUUUGAGUUUAGGUGAUCAAUUUUUAAUAGGGUAUCAUAUGAAUCUAAUUUGAUCUCUCAGUUACGAAUUGCUCGAUUUCAUAGUAUUGUUUGGUGGAGAGAUCCAUUAUUCAUUUGAUACAAAAUCUUAUAUUUAUAGUAUUUGGAUAUUUAGUAUUC